AUGCCGCAGUACGCCAGGCCAGGACUCGCUCCUCUGGCCGUUGCCUGCAACUCGAGACCCCUCCCCACUCGGCCGCCCACCUGCCUUCUACCUGCUGGCUCCUGUGAGGAUGUUCUCCCCACGGCCAGCCGGAGAGUGGCAGAGUCUCCCCGCCAGGCGUGCUUGCUGCGCGUCUCCUCCAGUGGCGGCAGCUACUCGCCAGUCCUGCGCCACGCAGGAGACAACAGUGGCGACGGGAAAGGUUGUGUACCCGCGGCGCCGCGUUGUGCGCUCGACGACACGCCCGGGCUUGGACGCCCCGCGCCCGCUCCUGGAGCAGGGUCCUGGGCCCAGUCUGUGCAGACUCAGCCGUCAUCGAUGUCUGGAUCCCUGGGGAAGAUGGUCACCAUCUCCUGCUUGGGAAGCAGCAGCAACAUCGGGUGUGGUAUUUAUGUGAACUGGUACCAGCAGCUCCAGGGAACAGCCCCUAAAUCCAUCAUCUAUGUUGUGUUCAUGACAGUGAAGGUCCCUCCCUGGCUGGAGGUGAUGGAAGGUCCUAAAGGAAGAGGCUCCAAGGGCCAUCAGGGCUGGUCUUCUGUGACUCGAGCCUCUGGGAGUGUGGACAGGUUCAAGAGAUGAGGAGGCCCUGGAGCUGCUGCCAGCGCCUUCCUUCCCUCCCCAUCCUCCCCCUGGUCUCUUUCCUGGGCCCUCUGUUCCUCACUAUCAGUGCAGAGCCAUGCUACUCGCGACCUCCAUCCCGCGCCCUCUGUCCCACGCCAUCCUUCUGGUGUCCUCAGUCCCGAACCAUCAUUCUGCGUCCUUCCUUCAGUGCCAUACU